AUGUCAGCGGGGGAUAAUGGCCCGGGUUGGUGGUAUUUUCAAGCCCGACAGGGUUACAAGGUAGUACUCGACUUGCCUACUUCCCAGAAAGGGUUCAGGAGAGAGUUUGCCUUUGUCUAUUUCGGAGGGGACUGGGGGAUCCCCACAGUCCGACCGGAUGUCGAACCCAACCACGAGCUUAACUUCAGGGUUCCGGAGAUGUCCGAGGAGGAAGCCAUUGCGGCCAUUUACCUACAAACCGAGGCCCAAAUUGUUCGGGGGGGAGGUUUAUGUAGCCAGCAAUUGGAUUCUGAGCUGCCGCCUAUUCAAGAGCGAGCAUCUUCUGUCGGCUCUUGCUCUUUGACACGUCUCCUUGAGUCCGACCCUGACAUGGCUGAGAAACUGAAUUACGCAGCAAUGAGGGCGGCCCAGCUCAAGGCUGAGUUGAAGGCGAAGAAAAUCGGAGUUCCCAACCCUCCAAAGAAGGUGGCCAAGACCAAGAAGGCGCUGGCCAAGACCCAGGACGAAAAGGCUAAGAAGGCCAAAUCUGUUGAAGUCAAUAGUCCCCGACCAGAGGAGCGGGCAGACAGGUCCGAGGGGACUCGGAUUUCCGUCCAUUCGGAGGACUUCCGACCAGUUCGGAGUCCUCAAUACACGCCGGCCACCCCUCGCCCUCAUGACGACCCGGAAGAGCUUAACCUUGCACUGGCUAAGCCGUUUGCUGAACUGGAUGCCCAUGGGCUCGACACCCGUUGGAUGAAUGCGGUCGAGUGCUUGUACAGCCCCACCGACCGGGAAUACAUUGCGCAAUCCAGCGGCCCGGAGGAGACGAACGACCUCUUCCGUAGCUGGGUUGAGUUCUCCGCUCGGCUGGUCAACGUGGCUCGGAACAAAGUGCGCCUGGCCGACAAGGUAUCUGACUUGGAGGCUCGAGGUAAGAAGCACUACGAGGAGCUCCGUGCUGCCAAAGAGGGCCAGAGGAUAGCCGAGGCCGACCUCGUCAACGCCAAGCGCUGCAUCGACCGGGACCAAGAAGACUUUAAGGCCGAGCGGGUGCAGUGGGAUUUGGCUAAGCAGAACCUCAUCAAGGAGAGGGAUGAGGCUGUGAUUGCCAAGACGGCUGCUGAGGCCCGAGUUGUGGAGGCGGAGGGCAAAAUAACCGAGCUGCGAUUCCAACUGGCUGAGCUGGAAAAGGCUCCCAAAACCGAGGACCAAUGGUUUGUGGGUUGGAAGGAGACCAAGGCUUGUGCCGAUUUUGUCAACGAGGUCGGCUCUACUGCCCAGAAGAUGGGGGUGGAUGACGCCCUCAAGCGGAUGAAGGCGGCCUUGGCCAGAUCCCACCCCUCUCUUCCCUGGUCCGAGGUGAAGGGAAGCUAUGAUGCCCUUCUGAAGGAGGAGGACCAGGCCCUGCUCGCCGAGCUGCAUAUCGCUCUGUCCGAUGAGGACGAUGAUGAAGAUGAUGGCGAGGAGGCGGAGGUUGCUGAGGAACAGGACCAAGGGGUGGCCAGGUCCGAGGACCAUCAUGGAAGCACCAAUGAUCAGACCGACCUCCCUGCAGCUUAGGUCCCCAUUAUGUUGUAUUUUUAUUUCUGCUUAGCUCUUUACCUUGGUAGUACCGGGGUCUUAGGAUGUAACGUUUUUCUAACUUCAAUGAAGUCUUCUCUUUAUUUUAUCCGAGCAUCGUUUAUGUUUGUCAGUUGCAAUUUGCUUACAUCCGAAUAUUGUUUUCUCGAACUGACUAAGUUUUUCCUGAUAGCGCUGGUCGGAUUUAACUCGAACAACUCGCGAUUGAAACUAGUUAAGUUUCGAAAGAUAUAGUUUCGAAAGAAUAAUUAAAACUGGCUAAGUUUAAUUGGAACAGAACAAUUGACUGGUUAAGUCUUUUUAUAACUUGGACAAUUGACUGGUUAAGUCUUACAAUUUCGACCUUGACUGGUCCGAGUGACUACAUGCCAUACCUGGCCAGUAUCUCAGCUAUAUGCCCCUAAUUGCAAUUGACUAUACAUAGUAUUUCUUUAGAUUAUCCAGAUUUCAUGGCCUAGCAAGUGGUAUGCCUUCAGGA